GUUGCUAGGGGGCGGGGCGCGUGAUGUCAUCGGACGGCGCCGCGGCGGCGGGGUGUCGGCGCGAGCGUGGCAGAAUGAGAGGAGUGGAGGAACUGCAAUUAAUUUCUACAAAGUAAUAUUAAUCAAAAUGUUUUUGACACUGGAAGGCUGCAUAUCCUUGCUCUUUUUGGAGGCAUCAUAAGUAAGAACUGGCCAAGGUUUUUUAAAACUGCCCAGUGGACUGGAACAUGGAAACGCAGCUAGACCCCAUGAAGGAUGACUUGCCCCUAAUGGCCAACACUAACCACAUGCUUGUAAAGCACUAUGUAUUAGACUUGGAUGUAGAUUUUAAAAGUCAAGUUAUUGAAGGCUUCGUAGUUCUGUUCUUGGAGACUGGGAGCAGGUACAGGGGAGUCAGCAGUACCGGUGAAGAAGGCUGCCAGUCACAGUUUGAUGAAACCUGCAAAAUUAGGGCAUCAGAACAAGGCCACGUCCCUGUGUCAAAUGCAAGUGUCUGUUCAUCUAAAACGGAAUAUAAUGAUUUUGCUGUCUGUGGUAAAGGUGAAAAAGAUACUUCUGAUAAAAAUGGUAACCAUAGCAACGAGGAACAGGCUUCUGGGAUUUCUAGUUCAAAGAACUGCUGUGACAUAGAGAAUCAUGGGAACGAGGAUUUUCUGCUGGUGUUGGACUGCUGUGAUUUGUCUGUGCUAAAGGUUGAGGAGGUAGAUGUUGCUGCUGUGUCUGGCACUGAAAAAUUCACAAGGUCUGCCAAACUAACUGAUGUUUCAAAGGAGCUGGCAAAUCUCAGGAAUCAGAUUGUACAUGAACUUGUGACUUUACCUUCGGAUCGCUGGAAGGAACAGCUAUACUAUUACACUUGCUGCAGCCAGGCACCUGGCUGUGGAGAGCUUCUGUUUACUACUGGCACUUGGAGCUUGGAGAUAAGGAAAUCAGGAAUUCAGACCCCAACAGACUUUCCUCACGCACUUAGAAUAUGGUACAAAACCAAACCGGAGGGAAGAUCUGUUACCUGGACUACAGACCAGAGCGGCAGGCCAUGUGUUUAUACGAUGGGAUCACCAAUAAACAACAGAGCCCUUUUCCCUUGCCAAGAACCACCCAUUGCCUUGUCAACAUGGCAAGCAUCAGUCCGAACAGCUGCAAGCUUUGUUGUUUUAAUGAGUGGUGAAAACUCAGCAGAACCCGUCCAGCUUCAAGAAGGUAUCAAGAGCUGGUACUACUAUGUGACUAUGCCAAUGCCAGCAUCCACCUUCACUAUCGCUGUGGGAUGCUGGCAAGAAGUUAAACAGUCCUUCACACCUGCUGUCCAGACAAACAAUGAGUUUUCUUUGCCAUGUUCACAAGCUGAUUUCAGAGGGCAUGAAGAAAGCUGUGGACAUGUGGAAUAUCCCUGCCGUUUCCAAAAUCCUGCUGCCAGGUUGCAGAGAGUCAUUCCUUACAGAGUCUUUGCUCCAUGGUGUCUUAUGAAAUGCUGUGAAGAACAUCUACUUCAGCUUAUUCCUCAGUGCCUCUCAGCUGCUUACGCCACACUGGGCACCCAUCCCUUUUCCAGGCUUGAUGUUUUGAUAGUUCCUUCCAACUUUUCCAGCCUGGGAAUGGCUAGCCCACACAUCAUCUUCCUGUCACAGAGUGUAUUACCUGGGGGGAGCCAUCUCUGUGGAACACGUCUGUGCCAUGAAAUUGCUCAUGCUUGGUUUGGACUGGCCAUUGGGGCUCGUGAUUGGACUGAAGAGUGGAUAAGUGAAGGAUUUGCCACUUUCUUAGAAGAUGUAUUUUGGGCUAGGGCACAACAGCUGUCACAUGAUGAAGAAAAAGCACAGCAGGAAUUGAAAGCUUUACUUCGCUGGCGACGACUCAGAGAUGAGGUGCAGAAUUCUGAAGAAGAGCUUCAAGUUUUAAGGCCUAACAAGGAGAGCACAGGAGAAGUGAGUGAGUCUGGAGCAUCCAUUGUCAAGCAUGGUCUUAAAGCAGAAAAAAUCUUCAUGCAGGUUCACUAUUUGAAGGGUUACUUCCUUUUGCGGUCUCUGGCAAGGAGAAUAGGAGGGGCUUCAUACCUUGCUUCUUUACGAAAAUUUGUCUAUAAGUUCCAUGGACAGCUUGUCCUUUCUCAGGAUUUUCUUUCCAUGCUGUUGGAAGACAUACCUGAACAAAGAGAGUCCGGGUUAACUGUGGAAAGUAUCUUCACAAACUGGCUUGACACUUCCGGAAUACCAAAGGUUUUGUUCCUGAUAGAAAAUUCAAUAGAUUGUACAACAGCUGCUUCAAGUAUUGCACAGAAACUAAAGUUACACAGUUACUGCUGUAAGAUGCUGAACUGGCUGCCUGAAAUGAAAGGCAUUUUGCUUUUAAGUAUCGCUCUGAAGAUGUCCCUUGCCAGUUUCCUACAAUCAACUCUAAAAUCACAGAUAAGGAAGCCUCUGCUGGAGGAGGGCGAGACGUGGAAGGAGAGCCGGCUCGUCCAGCAAGUGAGCGGCGAGGUCACAAAAUGGAUUCGGACAAACCAGAGGAUCAGAAAAAGUGGCAAAAAGAAAAGAAGGCAGGAUGAAGUCAUUUUCCAAAAGCUUCUCCCUGACCAGCUGGUCUUGCUUCUGGAGUAUCUCUUGGAGGAGAAGACGUUAUGUCCCAGAACACUACAGUGCUUAGAGAAAACGUACAAGCUCCAUGACCAAGAUGCUGAGGUUCGUCAUCGGUGGUGUGAACUUGUUGUUAAACACAAAUAUGUGCCUGGAUAUGGAGAUGUUGAGAAAUUUCUCAGAGAAGAUCAGGCCAUGGGUGUGUAUCUCUAUGGUGAAUUAAUGGUGAAUGAAGAUGCAAAACAACAAGAACUUGCAUACAAAUGCUUUGCUGCAGCACGAGAACAAAUGGACAUGUCCUCCGCCAAAGUGGUGGCAGAGAUGUUGUUCUGAAGAGGAAAUGAUUGUUUCCGACUGGAGCUGCCACUUACGGCUGCUGCUGUUGUUCCAAGCGUUGAUGGACCCGUCCUCCGGUGCCUACUGAGCUGAUAUCAGUUCUGAUUUUACAUACUGGCUCAGUUCAGCAGGAACAGGAGUCGAGCCCUAGAGCAAAAAAUAAAUAAAAUAAAGUACCUUUCUAGGAGCCUUUGAGAAAUGUUGUUACUGUUUUCUCUCUAAAAUCAAAUUAGUAUACAUUACGCUGUCCUGAUGUUAAACACCACUCGCUUAAGGUGGACAAGCUACCUCAGUACUGUUUGGAGAACUGUUGGCUUAAGACGAGAAGGUAUGUGGAUAUGUGUAACAUCACACAGCAUUGCUCCAGUAACUGACCUCCAGCAUUGUUUUCAGAGUAACCUGCUAAUAACCGGGGAAUUGCUUGUCCUUUGGCUCUUUCAUGUCUUCUCCAAACAUUGUUGUGGUAGCUCUAAGGAGGUCUCCCUUCUGGGUACCCAGACUUCUUAUCUCAGAAAAUAAUAAGGGGAAACAGUGUUUUUAAAAAUACAGUUAUAAAUUUAGCUUUGUUAACUUUGUAACCAUCGUUACGCUCUACUAGCAAGCUUAAAAAAAAAAAAAAAGAAAGAAAACAACUUCAUUUGAAAGACUGGGCCAAUCAAGAAUGCACCGAUAACCCUUUAUUGUGACAGAGUAAUAACUUUUGCUGCUGUUUCCGUUGCAGGAAAGAUCACAGAGAAAUUCUUUUAAUAUAUCUCCUACUAAACCCCGGUGGUACUAGGAUUUCAUUGACCCAAGACAUCAAAGGAAGGAUUAUGUGACUGCUAAAACAAUCAGCUGACAGAAACAUUUACCUUUCAGUAUUUAUGUUUUCCAGAGGCUCAGUGUAACCAAGAACAGGUAAAAAAUGCACGUGCACAAGACCAGCUACACACACAGAUACACACACUUUAGUGUGCCUCUAGGUAGUUUUUUAAUACCAGCAGUUUGGGUCUUAUCCUUGCUGUUUGGUGGUACAACUGUUGCAGUUUGCCCAAGGACUCUUGACUUGAAUGAUUUUAUGUACUCCAGUAACUUGGCCAAACACAGGAACUGCUGAAAUUUGAUAACACUGUAUUCUGUGCUUAAAAUUUCGUUUGUAACUUCAAUGCCAAAUUAAAAAGUUAACAUAAAAUUAGAAGGAUGGCUGGGGUGGGGAAGUUAACUGGAAGAUGGGAUAAUCUGCGGAAAGUGACCAACCAGCGAUCUGAUGAUUGGACGCACCAAAGCAAAAAUUAAAAUCAGGAUUUUGUCUCUGUCUUGUUUAGGUUAACUUCUACCAGAACUGUACCUUUCAUUUUCUGGAGAUUUCUUCCAUACCUCUGUGCUGCCCCAUUUUUUUUUAGUGAUAUAUCAAAUGCAGCUCUUCUUUUCUAGGAAUGUACAGCUCCACUGAUCACGAGACAUCUAAACUGUUCCUUUCAGAGAGUGACUUUAAAACAAAAGCAUUUGUGAGCAUAUUUACUUUGUAUACUAUUGUUUUACAUUGUAUGCUUGUAAAAAUAAAUAUUUUUUCAAAUAUG